AUGGGGCUGCGGCCAAGCCUGCCGCCCCCACCACUGUGCACACCGCGGGAGAGGGGCCUCGGUAUGGCCGCGCGCUCUCCUUCGGUCGGCGGCCGCGCCGAAAAGCAGCAGCCAGCCCAGCCACGCCUGAGGGAGAUCGAGGCGCUGCUCGAGGGCGUCGGUGGCGGCGACGCGCGAAGCUGGCUGGCCAAAGCGGAGGGCGUCAUGUCGACAAAAGUGGCGGAACCGAGCCGCGAGCUCGACGCCCGCGUCUUUGUGCGCGUCGGGAACCCUCGCCUCGGCUCGGUUGGCUUCUACCGUCCCAAGAAAAUGUACUGCAACGAGGACCACCUCAACCUGCAAGACAUUGGCGAGGGCACCAUCUUGCACUGCCGCCCCUCGGACCCGCUGCGCUUUGAGCUGCACCUGGUCUUCCAGUCGUCAAAGGGCUCGAACGUGGAAGUGCACCUGCGCUGCCUCCGCAAGCUGCACUACGACCAUCUCCUCAACCGCCCGCGCCCGCCCCCUGAGGUCCACACGGCGUCGCCUCCCUCCGCACCUCCUCGGCAGCUCUCGACGUCGCACCCACCGAUGCCGCUCGCCCGAGCGGGCACGCGCACCGCCAAUGCCGUAGCGGAGCUGGACACGGUGCACACCGGGGCGGUGUCGCUGAACACAUGA